AUGGCCAAUAUCGCACCAUCGGUCCUAAGGCAGGCGUCGCGUCUGGUAUCAAAGUCAUCCAUUUCUGCAGCUCCGCGGCGCACCGUUCAGGUUGUCUCCCGCGCCGCCACGCCUUCGGCGCGCGGUAGUGGAGACGUCUGCAAAAGGUGCUAUGUCACCCAGACAAAGUCCGACAAUGCCCAGGUUCAAGUAGACACGGCCAUCCGGCUGGACAGGCCAGAGCUGGAGAAGUCAGGUCUCGUCAUGGAGACGCAAAAUCGGUCCACGACACAUGUCAGCCCGAUGGCUGAUGUCCUCAAGCAGGCAACACAGAUGGACGAGGGCCAACGGCCCAUCUAUCUUGACAUGCAGGCCACAACGCCGGUAGACCCGCGGGUGCUGGACGCCAUGCUACCAUACUACACAGGUGUUUUCGGCAACCCCCACUCCAGGACACACGCAUAUGGCUGGGAGAGCGAGCACGCGGUCGAGCAGGCCAGGGGUUAUAUCGCUUCCUUGAUCGGCGCUGACCCUAAGGAAAUCAUCUUCACCAGCGGCGCCACCGAGAGCAACAACAUGAGCAUCAAGGGCGUGGCCAGGUUCUUCGGCCGAUCGGGCAAGAAGAACCACAUCAUCACGAGCCAGACGGAGCACAAGUGCGUGCUUGACAGCUGCAGGCAUCUUCAGGACGAAGGUUACGAGGUCACGUACCUACCCGUCAACAACAAGGGCUUGAUUGACGUCGAGCAGCUCAAGGCCGCCAUCCGCCCGGAGACGGCGCUGGUUAGCAUCAUGGCCGUGAAUAACGAGAUUGGCGUCAUCCAACCGCUGGCAGAGAUCGGCAAGAUCUGCCGGGAGAACAAGGUCUUUUUCCAUACGGACGCCGCCCAAGCCGUGGGCAAGAUUCCCAUUGACGUCAACGCCAUGAACGUGGAUCUGAUGUCCAUCUCGUCCCACAAAAUUUACGGCCCCAAGGGGAUAGGCGCGUGUUACGUGCGCCGUCGGCCAAGAGUCAGACUGGAGCCCAUCAUCAGCGGCGGUGGACAAGAGCGCGGCCUUCGCAGCGGCACGCUUGCUCCCGCCCUUGUUGUUGGGUUUGGAGAGGCGUGCCGCAUCGCAGCUGAAGAGCUUGAGUAUGAUCACAAGAGAGUCAAGGCCCUCUCGGACCGCCUCCUCAACGGAUUGCUCUCUAUGGAGCACACCUCGCAGAACGGCGACCCGGAGCACUUCUACCCCGGCUGUGUGAAUGUCUCGUUUGCCUAUGUCGAGGGCGAGUCCCUGCUUAUGGCGCUCAAGGACAUUGCCCUCUCUUCGGGCAGCGCAUGCACCUCUGCCUCGCUCGAGCCGAGCUACGUGCUGCGGGCGCUCGGCAAUAGCGACGAGAACGCCCACUCCAGCAUCCGCUUUGGCAUCGGCCGGUUCACGACCGAGGCCGAGAUUGACUAUGUCCUGAAGGCGGUUAAGGAGCGCGUCGGCUUUCUCCGCGAGCUCAGCCCGCUCUGGGAGCUUGUUCAGGAGGGUGUCGAUCUCAACACGAUUGAGUGGACCCAGCACUAG